AUGUACACCCGCACGGCCAUGGACCUCCAGAACAAGAAGGAGGACCUAGUUCUUGACAUCCAGGUGAGCGACCACUCCUGCAACCGGCUCACGAAGCAGCUGGACGCCAAGAGGAAGGAACGUGCGGCGCUUCACCAGCGUCUUCUGGAAGUUCGUCCGGAGAUGGUCAAGGCCCUCCUGUCUCAGGUGCUGGACAUGAGCCUCUCUGAGAUCAUGAAGACAGGCUUCUUGCACAAGACGAGAAGCCGACUCACCUUCCUUACCCGGGACUGGGCCUCCAUGCUGCUUCAAGAUGAGGAGGGCAGAUCCGCGCACCUGGGAACUCUGGUUUUGAGGGCUUGGGGAUCAGGCUUUGGGCGACUGCCGUGUUAA